CCGCAGCGGCGGCCUUAGCAGCGGCAAUAGACGCAACAGCGGCGACUGCAGGGACGACGACGACGACGGCGGGGCGGGCGCUGUGCGGAAAGGGGAGGGGUAGGCGGGCGGCGCCGGCGGCUUCAACUGCGGCAGCUACGGCUAGGGCGACGGAAGAAGGAUCCCCAUCAGCCGGAGGUUGAGUUAGGCCUAAGCAGCGCCUGGCCGCUCGGGCUGUCCUCUGCGGGGGAUCUCCAUAGAGACGGUGACAUACACAGAGGCGGGGGUCCGCGGGAGGCUGCCGGACCGGAGCCAGCUCCUCGGCCUCUGUCGCCGCCACCCCCUUCCCUGCCGCCAGCGCGCAUUCUCCCUCCGCUCUUGCUCGCAGCCCCGCGGUCCCCGGUGUGCCCGUGCCCCACUGUGUGGGCAGCGCGGGCGGACUUUUGGGCUGGGGCCGGGCGGGGGGAGGCUCUAAGGCCGCCUCUGCCUCUCCCGCCCCCUUACCCGCCCCGGAGGGGGAAGCCGCGGAGGCUCCGCCAUGGCCUCGGGAGCCGGAGGCAUAGGAGGGGGCGGUGGCGGCAAGAUCCGGACGCGGCGUUGCCACCAGGGGCCAAUUAAGCCUUACCAGCAGGGGCGACAACAGCACCAGGGCAUCCUUAGCAGGGUUACAGAAUCUGUUAAGAAUAUUGUGCCAGGAUGGCUUCAAAGAUACUUCAACAAGAAUGAAGAUGUAUGUAGCUGCUCAACAGACACAAGAGAGGUGCCACAGUGGCCGGAGAAUAGGGAAGAUGACCAUGUGCUAUAUGCUGACGAGGAGAGCUCUAACAUUCAUGAUGGGAGAGUCACUCCUGAGCCAACAGUCAGUAACACAGAAGAACCCUCAACAACUAGUACUGCUUCAAAUUAUCCAGAUGUAUUAACAAGGCCCUCUCUUCAUCGGAGCCAUCUGAAUUUCUCCAUGUUGGAAUCUCCUGCAUUGCACUCUCAGCCCUCCACAUCCUCGGCAUUCCCGAUUGGCAGUUCUGGAUUUUCUCUUGUAAAGGAAAUUAAAGAUUCUACCUCUCAGCAUGAUGAUGAUAACAUCUCAACUACCAGUGGUUUUUCUUCAAGAGCUUCUGAUAAAGAUAUAGCUGUUUCAAAGAACACUUCAGUGCCACCUCUUUGGUCCCCAGAGGCUGAACGUUCUCAUUCACUCUCACAGCACACUGCCACCAGCUCAAAGAAACCAGCAUUCAACUUGUCUGCCUUUGGAGCACUUUCUCCCUCACUUGGGAAUUCUUCAAUCCUUAAAACAAGUCAGCUGGGAGAUUCUCCUUUUUACCCUGGAAAAACAACAUAUGGUGGGGCAGCAGCUGCUGUAAGACAGCCUAAACUACGAAACACAUCAUAUCAGGCACCAGUCAGAAGACAGAUGAAAGCUAAGCAACUCAAUGUGCAGUCCUAUGGUGUGACCAGCUCAACAGCUCGGAGGAUAUUGCAGUCUUUAGAAAAGAUGUCAAGCCCUCUAGCGGAUGCAAAAAGAAUUCCAUCUGUUUUUUCUUCGCCUCUGAAUUCUCCUCUUGAUAGGAGUGGGAUAGAUACCCCCACAGACUUUCAGGCCAAAAGGGAAAAGGUGGACUCUCAGUAUCCCCCUGUUCAAAGACUCAUGACCCCAAAGCCAGUUUCCAUAGCAACAAAUCGAACUGUUUACUUUAAACCAUCUCUGACCCCAUCUGGUGAAUUAAGGAAGACUAAUCAAAGAAUAGAUAAAAAGCACAGUACUGGAUAUGAAAAAAAUGUGACACCAGGAAAAAGUAGAGAACGAGAAAGUGGCUUACCUUACCCAAAUUUCAGUAUGUCUGCAGCCAAUGGUUUAUCUUCUGGAGUAGGUAGUGGAGGUGGCAAGAUGAGACGAGAGAGAACACGCUUUGUGGCAUCUAAACCUCAGGAGGAGGAGGAAAUGGAAGUACCAGUAUUACCGAAAAUCUCUCUACCCAUCACCAGUUCUUCACUGCCUACCUUCAGUUUUAGUUCUUCUGUGAUCACAACUUCCUCUCCAUCAUCGAUUAGUCCUUCACAAUCAUUAACAAACAAGGUACAAAUGACCUCUCCAAACAGCACUGGCAGUCCCUUGUUUAGAUUUUCAUCUCCAAUUGUAAAAUCUACUGAGGCAGAUGUACUACCUCCAUCAUCUAUUGGAUUUACAUUUAGUGUGCCUGUGGCAAAAACAGCAGAGCUUUCUGGCUCUAGUGGUAUUUCAGAACCAAGUACAAGUAGUUCAGUAUCAUUUAUAAUUAAACAAAUUACAGCUCAAGAUAUCACUACGGUGAACAGUACAAGCUGUAAGAAGAAGCCGGACGAAGAUUGUGAGGGCCCUUUUACACCUGCAAAGACCCUGAAAGAAGGAAGUGUCCUGGAUGUUCUGAAGAGCCCUGGCUUCACGUCGCCGAAGGCAGAGUCUCCUGCUGCUGAUCCGACCACCACAAGCCCAAUCGUUUAUACAAGACCAGCAAUAAGUAGUUUUUCUUCUAGUGGAAUCGGGUUUGGGGAAAGUUUAAAAGCUGGGUCAUCGUGGCAAUGUGAUACUUGUCUACUCCAGAACAAAGUCACAGACGACAAAUGUGUAGCCUGUCAAGCGACAAAAUUGCCACCAAGAGAUACUGCUAAACAGACUGGAACUGGGACACCAAGUAAAAGUGGCAAACCAACUCUUUCUGCACCAGGGACAGGCUUCGGAGACAAAUUUAAACCAGCAGCAGGAACUUGGGAUUGUGAUACCUGUUUAGUCCAAAAUAAGCCUGAAGCGAUAAAAUGUGUAGCUUGUGAAACACCGAAACCUGGAACUGGUGUUAAGCGAGUCCUUACGUUGCCAGUGGCUUCAGAAAGUGCUGUAACUGUGGCUGCUUCCUCCUCCAGCUGCACUGUGACCACUGGUGCCUUAGGAUUUACAGAUAAAUUCAAAAGGCCCCUGGGAUCUUGGGAGUGUCCAGUGUGCUGUGUUUCUAAUAAUGCAGAAGACAAUAAAUGUGUGUCCUGUAUGUCUGAGAAACCAGGAAGUUCAGUACCUGCUUCAAGCAGCAGCACUGUCCCUGUGUCUCUGUCUUCUGGAGGCUGCCUGGGAUUGGACAAGUUCAAGAAACCCGAGGGAAGCUGGGACUGUAACGUGUGCCUAGUGGAGAACAAAGCAGAUGCUACCAAAUGUGUGGCAUGUGAAAGUGCAAAGCCAGGCACCAAGUCUGAGUUCAAAGGCAUUGGCACAUCUUCCUCAUCUUCAAACCCAGCAACCUCAGCCUUCAAAUUUGGUAUCCCAUCUUCCUCUUCUGGGCCCUCUCAGACUUUAACAAGCACUGGAAAUUUUAAAUUUGGAGAUCAAGGAGGCUUCAAAGUAGGGGUGUCAUCAGAUUCUGGGUCUGUAAACCCCAUGAAUGAAGGCUUUAAAUUUUCUAAACCAAUAGGAGAUUUUAAAUUUGGAAUUGCAUCUGAUUCUAAACCUGAAGAAGUUAAAAAAGACAGUAAAAAUGAUAAUAAUUUUAAGUUUGGACUUCCUUCUGGUUUAAGCAAUCCAGCUUCUUUAGUUCCAUUUCAGUUUGGGGUGUCUAAUCUUGGGCAGCAAGAAAAGAAAGAGGAACUGCCUAAAUCUGCAUCUGCAGGCUUUAGCUUUGGUUCAGGUGUCAUUAACCCUCCCCCUGCUGCUACUGACACCGUAGUGACCUCUGAGAGCAAGAGCAGCUUCAGUUUUGGAACCAUAGAUACCAAGAGUGUCUCAGUGGCUCCUUUCACGAGUAAGACGUCAGAAGCAAAAAAAGAAGAAACACCUGCCACCAAAGGAGGGUUCACUUUUGGGAGCGUGGACCCUGCCCCCCUGCCAUCUGCCUCGUUUGUUUUGGGAAGGACAGAAGAGAAACAGCAAGAGCCUGUCACGUCUACUUCUCUAGUGUUUGGAAAGAAACCUGAUAAUGAAGAGCCAAAGUGUCAACCAGUGUUUUCCUUUGGGAAUUCAGAGCAAACCAAAGAUGAGGGCUCUUCCAAGACGACCUUUAGUUUCAAUAUGACAAAGCCAUCGGAGAAGGACUCUGAACAGCCAGCAAAGCCCUCUUUUGCUUUUGGAGCUCAGACCAGUACUACUGCUGAUCAAGGUCCAGCAAAGCCAGUUUUUAGUUUUUUGAACAACAAUUCCUCUAAUUCAAGUACACCAGCCACUUCAGCUAGUGGCGGCCUGUUUGGCAGUUCCACCUCGACCUCCAGUGCGCCUGUGCAUGCCUUUGUGUUUGGACAGGCCAGCAAUCCUGUGAGCAGCUCUGCCUUUGGUAACUCUGCCGAGUCCAGUACAUCUCAGUCUUUGCUGUUUUCUCAAGAGAGCAAACCAGCAACCACGUCGAGCAGUGGUACAGCUGUCACCCCAUUUAUCUUCGGUCCAGGAGGCAGCAGUAAUAACACUGCAACCUCUGGUUUCAACUUUGGAGCUACAACUACAUCUAGCUCUGCAGGAUCCUCCUUUGUAUUUGGCACUGGACCUUCAGCACCAUCUGCCAGUCCAGCCUUUGGUGCUAACCAGACCCCAACAUUUGGACAAAGUCAAGGUGCCAGCCAGCCUAAUCUCCCAGGCUUUGGAUCCAUGUCGUCUUCAGCAGCAUUAUUUUCUGCUGGUUCUCAGCCUGCACCACCUACUUUUGGGACGGUGUCCAGCAGUAGCCAACCUCCUGUGUUUGGGCAGCAGCCUGGUCAGUCUGCGUUUGGCUCUGGAACAGCUCCUAAUUCCAGUUCUGCUUUCCAAUUUGGCAGCAGCACUACAAGUUUCAAUUUCACAAACAAUAAUCCGUCAGGAGUAUUCACAUUUGGUGCAAAUCCCAGCACACCUGCAGCCUCGGCCCAGCCCUCCGGCUCGGGGGGCUUUCCAUUUAACCCAUCUCCAGCGGUGUUUACUGUGGGGUCAAAUGGGAAGAAUGUGUUCUCUUCUUCUGGAACUUCAGUUUCUGGUCGCAAGAUAAAGACUGCUGUUAGACGCAAGAAAUAAAGGUCAUGGUGGUGGUGUCCACACCGUUCUAACAACAGCUGGUGGCCUGCUUUCACAUACUGACUUGUACUGUGUGCUGGGUUAUCUGAACUCAGAUCUGCCCCAGGACUUCUUUAAUUGUGGAAUUCUCCUCCUUUUUCUUUCUUUACAGAAGCCCCAACCUCACCUCUCCCACCUCCUUUUUAAAAAAUAAUAGCUAGACUGGUGACUGAUUCUCAGCAAAAAUAUUUUAUGAUCCAACAGAUUAUUCACUGAUUUGGCCUAGGCUGGCUGAACCCAGGAUAGAGCCUGCGUGGAGAAUGGCUUUGUAUAGACUUCUUCGUCUGCACCAUGUGUGCGUUGACAUGCGUUUGUGGAACGCAUCGAAAUUGUAAUUAUAUCUGAGGAAUUCUGUAUAGAUUAGAGGAUAUUGAAAUGAAUGAUUUCUAUGCUGAGUUUGUGCUGGUGUAUGUGUGAAGUGAGUGAGUUGGGUGUAUUGUGCACUAAAAUUUUCUGAUAGAAGAAGCCUGAUUAAAGAAUGGUCCGUGGUAAGGACUUGUUAGAUCUAGUUCAUUCUCCAUUUAAUAAUUAUAUGCUAUUUCUAUAUUGUCAUUCUUCUGACUAUCACCUGUCUUGCCUUUUUCAUUAUUUUAUUAUGAAACUUGUGUAAAUACAAUUUUGUUUCUGUACUUUUUUGGCAUAACAUAAAUCUGUGAACUUGAAAUUUUAAUUUUGUGUUAGAAAAUUUUUUUGUUGUUUGUUUAGUCUUGUCUCAGAUUUUAUUAUGUAAAUCCCAUUAUUCAAAGUUGCCUAAAUCCAUUUGGAAAUCUUUAAAAAAAAAUUGGGGAUUCUUAAAGUGAAUUUAUUGGCUUUUCUGAUCCAGUUUUGUUUGGACCAAAAACCAGUAUUGUACAAAGUAUUAAGCAUAUAUUUUUAUAUUUACUGAAAUGGACUGUGGUGACUUUGGAUAAUAAGGAAAAGUUUAAUAUUAAAGCCAUGUUUAUUACAGUAUAAUUAACAUGUUAAACCAUGGGAUAAAUGCCAUCAAUAAAAAAUUAUGAAAUACUUUUUGUUCUAGUGUUAACUCCUAGUGAAGGUACGAGUGUUAAUGAAAGGAAACCUUUUUAUAAAGGUUUACAGUGGUCAGAAGAGAAAUUCCAAAGAAUACAUUGAAGUGAUUGGGACAACUCCUAAGUGAAGGAGAAGUGUCAGAAGGUAGCCUGCUUUUUGUCUGGUGCUAGGAAUCAUGCCUACUUUGCAUAUAAAGUGACAAACCUUUUUAAAAGUUGAAAAUAAACACACACAACCAUU